UGGCGACGAAGGGAAGAUGGCCAGCUUACGUUUGAUGAUUACACUUUUAGUGUUUUCUAUUGUUGUCCUCGUAGGGUUCGGCAUCGGUUUGUUAGUUGCCGAUUAUGCCGACUCCAACAUGAAUCCUGAUACGGUCGGUGUUUCGUCUCUUUUCAUAGUAAUGGCGGUGCUGCAGAUUGCUUUUGCAGUUUUCGUGAUAAAGAAAAGAGGCAAUUUGGGUUCAGACAUGUUGGAACUACGAAUGAGUGAUAUUGUUGUCACAGAGUCGGGUUGUCCCGCUGACGAUAUGGCGGAUCCAGAGAUAAAGGUGACUGCCACUGUCUCCCCUGAAGCCGCGUCUUCUGAGCGGAAGUGACGUCUGUAGUUUGCCAUGAGAUGGGACAGGAGAAACAACAGCGCUCAGAGUUGCACCGACGACGACGGCAGAGGAAUACCGAAAGAGGGAAGCGUGCCCAGAUCCGGAAGGGUCUGGGUGCCUGUAUCUUUACUCUGGGGAUCCCACUAGCUAUUGCAGGAUCCAUUAUUCUCAUAGUUGCCAAUGUCAAAGAAAACGCCCAAGCUGUCCCAGCUUCCUUCCCUGUCCUUGGGCCGGUUCUUCUUACAGUAUCCAUCAUCUUCUUUGCUGCAGGCAGCAUCCUCACAGACAUGAUAGAUAUCAAACCAUGUGUUCAAAGCUGCUUUCCGGAUGAUCCCAAGGCAUUCUGCUGGAAAAGAUGCCCUAUGUUAUUUUCAUUACUGAGACCCAAUGAAGUGACAUUGAUACACCAGCGGGAGGCGGGCCUUCACGCCCUACAAACAGAGCCUUCCAAACCAGUACUUAAGAAACACACCGAGGUCCCCUCUGCUCCACCUGCUCGGAGAGGUGUCAGGUUUUCUGACACAGAUGGAGAUGCAGCGCCUGUGAGGAUGUCGACAUCUUCUGAUCUCUCGGAUAACGGUAAAGUUGAAAAUACUUCCCUCCUGUCUUUGCGCCACUGCAAGAUCUACCCCAAGGACAGUGAAAAGUGGGGAAGCAUGUCUUCAGACCCUAUUGUCAACGAAGAGGGGCCUGAGAACAAUGACGAAGUAUUUACUCUGUCGGGAAGCAAGGCUGUGGACAACGACAGUGUGUUUGUGUCUCCCAACGAUGCCGUACAUACCACGGAUAUCGAUAACUCGUGUGACGUGCCAACUGAUAUUCUGGUCACCCAGAGCCAUCCCAACCAGGAUGGGGAACAUGAGGUGUUGGUGAUGGGAAGUGAUCAUCUAUGACAGAGAUGAAGGAACCAGAUAUAUAUUAUAUAUUUUUUAAAGCUGACAUUUUUAAGCGUGCAUUCUGUUAGACCGCUUGCUGGAAUCCAAAGAAAUCCUGGAAUUUAAACUUUAUUACCAAGAAUUCCUACAUGUAUCAGAAUUAUGAUACACUAUGGGAAUUUCUGCUCAAGGUUGCCAUGGCUGUAGGGAAAUAUACUCUAUGAAGAUUAAGUAUGAAAUGACUUUUCGUUUUGUAUCUGAACGAGUUCUGUGUAAUAUGUUAUGGUGUUUUCUGGAGUAAUUAACUCUCGGUAAGACUAAUACAGGGUUAUAUGCAUUUGAAUAACUGUUAAUAUUGACGUUACUUAAACUCGAAUUAAUCACUGUGGGUUGGUUCAUUUCAGAAAGAUAUUACUUCCUGUACUAAUUCGGAUAUAAUUUUGUGUUCUCAAACCCAUUCCGAGUUUAUUUCACUGUAAUUCGAAAUGGAAUGGAAUAUUUAUCCGCGGGUGCGUUCAUUGAACAACAUUCCAUUGUCAACAGUAUCGACCAGUAUCAACCUUUUACCAGUGAACACAAGACAGGUUUCAUUAAGGGACGACCAUUUAAUGUUGUUGAUUAUGUUAGGACAGUUUUAUUUGUUUUGUGAAAGAAGGGAUCAAUCAAUCUUUCUGGAUUCCCAAUACAGUAUUUUUCAGAACACCCAGUUGGUCUAGCCCACUGCUUUACUUUUGUUGUUCCGUUGGUCUGACAUUUUCGGGA